AUGCAAUGUGGGUUUGCUUUUCUCGAGGCGGGUGCGGUCAGAAGUAAAAACUCCACCAACAUUCUCAUCAAAAACUUGCUCGAUGUCUUUGUGGCCGGAAUCGCCUAUUGGAUCUUCGGAUACGCCUUUGCGUUUGGCGACAAAGGAAACGCCUUCAUUGGCUUUUCCAAUUUCGCGUCUUCUUGGAUGGAGGAGACCAAUUUCGCCUUCAUGUUCUUCCAGUACGUGUUUGCGGCGACGGCAGCCACCAUUGUGUCAGGAGCCGUGGCUGAAAGAUGUCAUUUCGUGGCUUAUUUGGUGUACAGCUUUGUCUUAACAUUUUUCAUAUACCCUGUGGUGACCCAUUGGGCCUGGUCUGAUUUUGGCUGGUUGAAGAUAGGAGAGAUGUAUUACUUUAACGGAACAGAGACGCAAGUGGGUUACACGGAUUUUGCCGGAAGUGGAGUCGUUCACGUUGUGGGGGGUACGGCCGCGUUUGUGGCUGCUGUGCUACUGGGACCCAGGAUUGGACGCUUCGAAGACGGAAAAAUAAUUUACAUCAGAGGACAUUCGGUCCCCUUGGCGGCGCUGGGUGGGUUUAUCCUCAUGUUUGGUUUCUUGGCUUUCAACGGUGGCUCCCAAGCGAGGAUUUCGGAAUACGAAGACGGUAUAAAAGUUGCCACGGCCGUGAAGAACACCAUUAUCUCGGGCUCGUUCUCAGCUAUCGUCACUCUCACAGUGAACAAGAUCAUUGGGAACUCACGCUGGAGCCUUCUCCUCACAAUAAAUGGUGCCCUUGCUGGAAUGGUGGCCAUCUGUGCCGGAUGUGACGCAGUCUAUCCUUGGUCAGCAGCCAUAAUUGGGACAGUAGCGGCAUUUUCUUUUAAAUUCUUCGCCUGGGCUGUCCCAAAAUUGCACAUUGACGACCCUUUAGAAGCAGUAGCAGUGCACUUUGGAGGUGGUUUGUGGGGUGUUAUUGCCGUUGCAUUCUUCCACACAGGAAACGGAAUUAUUUACUCGGGUAGCGCCCAGUCCUUCAUGGGUUUGGCGUGGCAGUUGGCUGGGCUAGCGGCUAUAGUAGGCUGGACAGGAGUGCUUUGUCUCAUUAUGUUUGGGAUCCUUAAGGCAUUUAAUCUGCUCAGAGUCACCGAGGACAUGGAACGCAAAGGCUUGGACAUUCCUAAGCACGGGGAGCCAGCUUACCCGCUGGAAUCAUACGGCCAUGGCUGGGUGGAACAAAUCAUAAUGGAGAGACUGGCCAGUGGAGAUCUCCCCGAACCAGAGGGUUACCUCUAUCCGAAUAUCCACUCUGAGAAUGGUACGGCGAAUGGAAUAACAAACAAGGCGUAUGAGGUUGACGUUCAGGAUAAAGGCUCCUAUGAAACACCGGAGACUGUGAUGCACAGCAAUCCAGCAGGAAGAAUUAAAAGGACCGAAAGUAGUGAUAAUCUUGAAUCUGUGUCAACAUCUAUGUGA